GGCGAAUCUGCUUCUUCCAAUAUAAAGGACCGCUCAGGCAGGCGCGAGGAAUCUCCUGGCGCUUCGAGUCCGUGGAGUCCGCUGGCUAAGGUGGGAAGGGAAGCCCGAGCCUUGCUGAGAACAUGAGUGAUUGGAUGCCCAUUGCCAAGGAGUAUGACCCGCUUAAAGCUGGCAGCAUUGAUGGCACUGAUGAAGACCCACACGAUCGCGCCGUCUGGAGGGCAAUGUUGGCACGAUACACCCCCAACAAAGGCGUCACAGGAGACCCCCUCCUCACCCUGUUUGUGGCGAGACUAAACUUGCAGACCAAAGAGGAGAAGUUAAAGGAAGUAUUUUCCCGCUAUGGGGACAUCCGGCGGCUUCGGCUGGUGAGGGACUUGGUCACCGGCUUUUCAAAGGGCUAUGCGUUCAUUGAAUACAAAGAGGAGCGUUCUCUGAUCAAAGCUUACCGAGAUGCAGACGGCCUGGUUAUUGACCAGCAUGAGAUAUUUGUGGACUAUGAACUGGAAAGGACCCUCAAAGGGUGGAUCCCUCGGCGACUUGGAGGAGGUCUGGGGGGGAAAAAGGAAUCUGGGCAACUGAGAUUUGGGGGGCGUGAUCGGCCUUUUCGAAAACCCAUUAAUUUGCCAAUUGUUAAAAACGACCAGUACAGAGAGGGAAAAAGGGAAAAGCGGGAGCGAUCUCGGUCUCGAGAAAGGCACUGGGACUCUCGGGCAAGAGACCGAGACCACGACCGUGGCCGGGAGAGGAGAUGGCAGGACAGAGAGCCAGCCAGGGUGUGGCCAGAAAGUGACUGGGAGAGAGAGAGGGACUUCAGAGAAGACAGAGCCAAGGGGAGGGAGAAGAGGGACCGAAGUAAAUAGAGGCUCACCACCACCACCAGAACCCAGAUGAAGACACAGCAUAAAUAGAAGCACAGAGAGAUCUGUGUUGCUUUUAUACAGUUUGUAUGUCCAGUGCUUGAAUAAAAUUUGCUGAUGGUGAUGAGGUCUGGAGUAAGUUUUCUUUUCAGUCUGGAACCGAGGUUCAAGC